AUGGUGGUGCUCGUGAUCCACCACCGUUCCAACCUCGCUGCCUAUCUCGCUGCCAUUGCGGCCACCCUCUACUACCGCCACUGGCGGUCGUUCAGAAUCGUGGUGGUAGAAAACAACAAUGUGACUCCAACUGCCACCGCCACGCCCUGGUGUGGCACCAACACCGUCAGCGACCUCCGCCUAGGUCACCACGACUUCGUGGUGUCGUAUCUCCUCCGUACCGUGCUAAUUGGCGAUGCUGAUACUGGCAUCGUCCCGCUAGGCUCCGUCAAUUUGGCGCCAUUGGCGGCUAAUGGGUACGGAGCAGUGGAUGGGCCUGUUCCCACCCAGUCGGUCUACGUGCGAGUAGCUGCCGGAAGCGAAGUUCCUGUGGGCAUGUUGUACCAUCCCAUAGUGGUGAUAAACCGCUUGCGAGAGGUUUUGGCCCCUGCUGUCACGUUUGUGUCGCUCAAACUGACCCAUUCUCUCCGCCAGUUGGUGGCACAGAUGGUGCCGGAAGACCAGGCAGUUGUACUUGAUUUCACAGCGAAUAGCCCUAUUUCUACGCUCCGAAACUUUGGUUAUCUUAUGAGUUCCAACCUCGUCGGUGUCCACCAUACAGGAGGACAAAGCAUGCCUCCUUCUGCUCUCUGGCUUCCACAGUUCAAGGCCAGGGUAGGUGUUGCUCCCAGAAAUCUCUGGAGGGCUAGAAGAGGGCCCAGUAUUAACAAUAGACAUACUUGCAUAGACAUAGAGCCCGAGAAGCAAGACUUGAUAGAAACGGAGCUAAUAUCGCAGUUGGACCUCAACUACUGCUUGCGGGUAUGCGACACCACGUUAGACAUUCUCGAAGGCUUGGUUAUGCGGGGCGAAAUCAGGGUGUUGUCCAAUAAAUUAUAA